AUGGCAGUGACGAUGCUGAAGGACUGGUGCAGGUGGAUGGGCGUCAGCGCUCACCGGGGCCUGCUCAUCCUGGGCAUCCUGGAAGACUGUGAUGAAGCCGAACUCCAAGAGUCCCUGGAGGCUGCCCUGUGGCCAGUGGGCCACUUUACCAUGCUGGGCAAAGUGUUUCGAGAGGAGGAUAAUGCCACUGCGGCCCUUGUUGAGCUUGACCGGAAAGUCGAGUAUGCUUUGGUCCCCAGGGAAAUCCCAAGCACUAGGGGUCCCUGGAACAUGGUCUUUGUGCCCCGAUGCUCAGGAGAGGAGUUUCUAGGUUGCGCGUUCCACUUCCUGUGGCAACAGGGGCAGACGGUGGAGAGUGUGGCCGGCGCCCUGGGGCUGGGGCUGGGGCUGCGCAGGGUGUGCUGGCUCCCAUCCAUCAGUCAGGCGGUCCAGCCUUGGGUGGAGACCCUGCGGUACCAGUGCCUGGGCGUGUUUUCUGGGAGGGGCCAGCUGGCCCCCGAGGAGGAGUCCUUUGAGGCCUGGCUAGACCAUACCUCUGACAUGCUGCGUGUGUGGCAUGGGGUUUCGGAAAGGGAGAGGAGGAGGAGGCUAAUGGAAGGCCUCUGAGGGAUGGCCCUGCAGUUUGUGCACAGGAUUCUGGUGGAGAACCCUGUCAGGACUGCGCAGGACUGCCUGGCGGCUUUGAUCCAGGUGUUUGGAGACAACGAGUCCCAGGCGAAUCGGGUAAAGUGUUUGACUGCUCAACUAGUAGGCGAGUGCCUCUCUGCUUUUGUGUUGCAGAUGGAAGUCCUGCUGCACAAAGCCAUCAGGAAAGGGGCCCUGACCAGAGCCUCAGCUGACCAUGUGCACCUGAGGCAGAUGCUCACUGGGGCCAACCACACUGAGCCCCUGGAUGAAGGACUGAGCAAGCUGAGAAUGGUUGGGAGGUCUCCAAGUUUCAUGGAGAUGCUAAGGAUUGUUUGAGAGUCUGAGGCAUGGGAGGCCAGUCUAGCCAGGAGCAAGAGAGCCCAGGCAGAGGAAGGGGCUGCUGCCUGGGCCAAUGCCCAGGCUGAUGCCGGAGGCAGAGCUACAGCAGAGGAUGACAGUGUGGAGGAGGAGCAGGGGGAGGUGCACGUCGAUGACAAGGACCCCACACCUGCGUGCCCAGGUCAGGCAGGACCCUCAGAGGCACCCGGAGGCCACACCUCUCCCCGUAUGGGCAGUACUUCCCUGGAGGGCCAAGGAGGUCCUGGCUAG